AUGAUGAAGGGCCUUUUUUCCAUUGAGUGGUUGUCCCAAAGCAGCCAGGCCUCAUGUAGCCCGGCAUCGGCAACAUAUCCUUCAAACUCUUGGGUCUCCUCUGGCCAGGACGGGCCCAGCACAUCUGGCACGGCUUCUGAGAGCCUCCCUGGCUUCUACAGCAGAUGGAGACCAGAAAACAGGGAAAAUCAGGAAAAACAUAUGGAGCCAGUGCAGCAAGGUAACAGUCCUUUGAGUACAUCUAAGCAAGACACAAUCAACAAGCAAGGUUUCAGUAGCAGCGCAGAGGAGGAAGAGACCUCAGGGUACGAGAGUGAAGGGGGGCGCUCUCUCUCACCUUGGGCCCCCAAGGACCCAGCUCCUUGUGUAUCGCCCUCUACUGGGCGCAGGCCCCGAACAGCAUUCACCGCCGAGCAGAUCAGCAGUCUGGAGAAGGCCUUCAAAAGAAAUGCUUAUCUUGGAGCCCAAGACAAGGCAGAGCUCUGCAAAACACUAAAUCUGUCUGAUAAACAGAUCAGAAACUGGUUCCAGAACCGCCGCAUGAAGCUGAAAAGAACCGUUCAGGACAGCUUGGCUCACGCUUGCCAGGCGAAGGUCGCAUCCCAUAUGAUGCAUUACUCUGACCUGCACAGUUACCGACCCGCUCUGUAUCCCAGCUACUACUCAGGAAUGCAGGAGAGCACGGCACCUUAUGCCCAGUGCCCCCCAGCAUUCCACUACAGUCCGGCAGCAGCAGGAAGCAUCCCGACGCUGCCCAUGGAGGCCUUGUACCCGUACAGCACCCAACAGAACCUGCCAGUGCACCCUAGCAACACUUCCAUGAUGGCACCGUACCAGCCUUACCACUCUCAGUAUUACAACACACAGUGA